CUGCCUAUGACACGGUCUCUCUCCUCCCUGACACUCUCUCUGCCUGCGCCCGGCGGCUGUCUCUCGUACUCAGCAUCUCUCCUCUCCCUUCUCCUGCUGCCAUCAAGCGUCUCGCCCUGCGCUGAGCGUGCUCGCAUCCCUCACUGUCUCUCUCCCUGUGUGUACACUCUGCGACCUCUCCUCCUUCCUUCUGCAGCUGUCUCUUAUCUCUCAGCAACCCUGCUCGCAGCUGUCUCUCUCCCUCCCCUCUGCCCCCCUGCCCCCCUGUCUCUCCUCUCUCAUUAUGCCUCCUCUCCUCCCCAUUGCCUCUCCAACUCUGGCAUGAGCUCCAAGAAAGUUUCAGGAAACAGCCAAGGGAAGAAGAGUAAAAAGAAGCAAAGAAGACAGAAAAGGGCUGCUGACCGGGAGAUAGCUGGGGUCCCUGAAGCACGCAGUCCCAGCUUAGAGAGCCAGCCCGGGCUUCCGGACCCUAGCUUACAGGAUGUGCCUGUAUCUCCAGGGCCUCCACCUACGCCCCCGACACCAGUGUUACCUCCAUCUGGGCCACUGGGUUCUGACAACGAAGAGCAGGAAGAUCCUGUGGACUACUGCAGAGGAGGGUAUUACCCUGUCAAAAUCGGGGACCUCUUUAAUGGUCGAUACCAUGUAGUGCGGAAACUGGGCUGGGGCCACUUCUCCACAGUCUGGCUUUGCUGGGACCUUCAGAGGAAGCGUUUCGGAGCCCUGAAAGUGGUGAAGAGUGCGGUGCAUUACACGGAAACAGCCAUAGACGAGAUUAAAUUGCUGAAAUGUGUUAGGGACAGUGACCCAAGCGACCCCAAACGGGAGAUGAUCGUGCAACUUAUUGAUGACUUCAAGAUAUCUGGUGUGAAUGGUGUCCAUAUCUGUAUGGUAUUGGAGGUGCUCGGACACCAGUUACUCAAGUGGAUCAUUAAAUCCAAUUAUGAGGGACUCCCUCUCUUGUGUGUCAAGGCUAUAUUACGUCAGGUAUUACAGGGACUGGAUUAUCUGCACACCAAAUGCAAAAUCAUCCAUACAGAUAUCAAACCAGAGAACAUACUAAUGUGUGUGGGGGAGGGGUACAUCCGCCGCCUGGCUGCUGAGGCCACUAUGUGGCAGCAGUCUGGAGAGCCUCCACCCUCUGGAUCUUCUGUCAGCUCUGCACCCCCUUCACACCACAACAUGAAUGGGAAAGUUUCUAAAAACAAGAAGAAAAAGUUAAAAAGGCAACAAAAGCGACAACAGAAGCUGCUAGAAGAGCGUUUGAGGGACAUUCACAACAUGGAAGAGCUGGGACCUAGCAAUGGCUGUGGUGAAAGCCCCAUACCAGACCCGUGUCACCAGAGACAAGAGGAGCAGUCCUGGAGCUGUCAGACCAACCAUGAUACUGCUUGCAAGACGGAGAACCCUAUCCCAUCCAUCCCUGGGGACAGCGAGGGUGCAGAUUCCUCCUUAGGAAGUGACGGUACCACCUGUCUUGCCCAGAGCCCUCAAUCCUCCAGCAUGUACGAGAACUGCAAUGGUUUUGGCGCUGGUCCACGAUGUGUCAGUCCGGACACUCACACCUCUGGCUUCUCCAGUUCGGCCUUCUCUGUCACCUCAGGCUCUGCCAUAUCUGGGUACUCCGGAGGACGGGAGAGAGGAGGAGUUCUGUCUCUGGACUUGUCAUUCAAAGCAGCAGAUUUUCUGGUUAACCCCCUGGAUCCACAAAAUGCAGACAAAAUUGCAGUGAAGAUUGCAGAUUUGGGGAAUGCAUGCUGGGUGCACAAACAUUUCACCGAUGACAUUCAGACGCGGCAAUACCGAGCCCUGGAGGUUCUGAUUGGUGCUGGUUACGGAACGCCUGCUGAUAUCUGGAGCACUGCUUGUAUGGCUUUUGAGCUGGCGACAGGGGAUUACCUUUUCGAACCUCACUCAGGGGAAGAUUACACACGUGACGAAGAUCACAUUGCACACAUCAUUGAGCUUCUAGGAGAUAUUCCUCCACAUUUUGCACUGUCAGGACGUUACUCCAGAGAGUACUUCACAAGAAGAGGGGACCUUCGGCACAUACAAAACCUAAAGCACUGGGGACUGUAUGAGGUCCUUGUGGAGAAGUACGAGUGGUCACUGGAAGAAGCCACCCAGUUUUCUGACUUUCUUAUGCCCAUGUUGGAGUUUAUUCCAGAAAAGAGGGCCACAGCCGCACAGUGCCUGCAGCACCCCUGGCUGAACUCCUAACCACUGCUGUGCAUAUCUUCUGUGUGGGCGGCUUUGGCGAGUGGACGUCUGUCAUAUAAAGGACCUGAUUGUACAGAUGACGAACACUGUAUUAAUAAUUUGGAUGAGACUCCUGGUUAGUGGGUGAAGGUCACACCGUAUGAACCUAAACAGACACAUUGGCCACCUAUCCGCCAUCUUGGAGAGCAACAAUGAGAAUGACUGAAUGGCGUUGUGAGUGAUAGAGGAAAGCUGGGCAAUACAAGUGCUGAUGUAUGAGGGGGGUCUUUUCUUUCUCCAAUAGUGCUUCCAGCCAUGUCAAGAAAGACACAAGUUCAGAUAUUUUUGUUUUACAUAGUUCAUUUUAAAGUCUAUCUAUUGUUUCCACUUGUUGGAGGCGGCCAUUUUGUGAGCCAUACCAAUAUGCACGAGAAUAUAAUUGACAUCACUAAAGCAUAAUGCACUUUGUACCCCGUUAAUCAAUGAGUCACUAGUUCGCACUGAAUUCAUAAGGGCCCAUACAGAGCUGCUUUCUGCACUGUGAAUAGGCGAAGUGUACAGGCUAUAAGGGGAAAAUUGACAAAAAUGGGAGUUCUGUUUAAGAUGGUAUGUUGUCCUUAGCAACCAAUCAGAUUCUACUUCUCAUUUAUCUAGCACCUUCUAGAAGAUAUUACCUGGAAUCUGGUUGCUAUGGGCAACAUCCCAUCUUAAAUAGAACUCCCAUCUUAGUAAAUUUACCCCUUAGAGUUUACAGUGUACUUGUCACCUACACACAGUGAUAUCAACUGUUUUUGUUUAAACUAAUAUCUAGCCUAACAAUUUACUCCAGGCAUGUCCAAACUGCGGCCCUCCAGCUGUUGAUAAACUACACAUCCCAGCAUGCCCUGACACAGCUUUAGCAUUCUCUGACAGCAAAACUGUGUCAGGGCAUGCUGGGAUAUGUAGUUUCACAACCGCUGGAGGGCCGCAGUUUGGACAUGCCUGAUUUACUCAGACCAGUACCUCAUUCAGUGUCUCCGCAAUGGCCCUGAUUACUACAAGUAAACGGAUACUGGGCCUAAUUCGGAUUUGCACACAAACCCAAUUGUUUAUGUACAAAUCUGAUGUUUGUGGGUCACUGGUCUUCUAAACUGGGAGAGGAGGGGUGUGACCCCCACUUCUCGCAUUGUGUUGGCAUGCCAGGACCAGGUUCUGUGUUGUCAGACGCAGACUUGCUGGACCCAGCUAUAUGGAUCCUGUGGCAAGUCUGAAUAAGCUUUAGCUUACGCAGACUGACCUCGGACUGCUAGCAUCAUGAGUCGCGGCCGAUGAUCACGAUGGUGAUCCGACGCUGUGUCCUUAGGCGCAGCACUGGGAUCUCGCAGAUGCAGGCAGGAGGCAUCUAUCUCCUACUGCUGCAUUUGCAUUUUAUUUGUACGGCAUUGCACAGCUGCUUCCCUGCAGCUGUGCAAUGCGUUACAGAUCAGAAUCGAGCUGACAGGUUUCCCUUAUGCCAGUGGUUCUCAAACUGUGUGCCGUGCCACCCUGGGGUGCUGCGGUGCACUUGCAGGGGUGCCUUGGUUUGGUGGUCCAAGACCAAGUCUUGUCCCUCACCACACAAUUGAACCUAAGGAUGACAUAUAAACACCGUUUACUUACUGACAAAUUUAGAAAUAAAUAUUAAAUUAAGAAACUUUUGGCCUAGGGGUGCCACGAAAACAAAUCUGAUAGUCUUGGGCACUGUGACUCCAAAAAGUGUGCUGUCUAGUCAGACAUCAGUGGAGUACACCUGCUUACAUUGCCAAUAUUCAACCCUCACUAGUCACUGUUGUUAGCAAACCCUUCUCCUAAAGUUAACAAUGGCAUCUAUUAAAGGUAGCAUAUUCAUAAAGGGAACCAGUUGCAAUACCCAGACAUAUCUGACAUAAUACUUCCCUGUAUGCAUAUAAAUAUAUUUAUCAAAAUAACUGAGCCAAUGGUUAGUCCACCUAUGUUCGUUCCGUGAUAUCUAUAUCACCUGAUACUAUUGUAUCAUAUGGAACAUGGGUCAGGGAAGACUGUUGUAUUUCUCCCAGCUCCCAUAGUGGUAGGAAUGUUGGAUGAAAGAAUCUAUAACAGAUGUUCUAUUUUUAUGUUGUGACAUUAUUUUCUUAUCUUUUUUUUUUUUUUUACAUGACAGAAGUACAAAAGUAUAGAUUGUAUUGUGUAGGUGAACACGUGGACUGUUACCAAGUUCUUGUCCACAGACUGGACCUGUCCCCCCAACACGUAGUGGAAGCAGCCAUUUUGUGACCUACAUUAUUCAGCAUCUCAAUUCACUGGAAUGAGUAGUGAUGUCAUCAGUUCCCAGUCAAUUGAUUGGCUGCUUUCUCAUAAUUAAACCCACAAAAUGGUGGUUCCAAGUGUGGGCUGCAGACACGUCCACUGAAGUGACGGAAGUAGCCAGUGCGCCUGUACUCUGGGCAGCUAUUGCAGACUGAAGUUAGGAAAGUGAAAAACACUAAGGAAGACUUGUGAUUGUUGAUGUAGGGACUGGAAUAAGCUGAGUUUUUCUUCCUGAGGAUCGAAUUCACCUUAGUGCAUUAUGUGUAACCGUAUCCAGUAUCUAAUUUUCACAUCUGAUGUCAGCGUCAAGAGCCAUAUUAGUCAUUUGUCAGUAAUUAGCAGUGACCCACUGCCUAGACCCGACACAUUACACUGGACAAAUGCUGGUUCGCAGACAGAUAACUAUGUAAGUGACUAGACCUAUUUUAUACAAGUGACAGGCGAAUACGGACAUGGGUAUACUUAUACAGGAGCCAAAGCAUCUGUCUGACGCACAAUCUAAAACUCUACACCUGAACUCUUACCAGGUCAGAGGCUUCUCAGCACAACGUGUGGGUGACGCAAUAAACAAAACAAUGUAUAUUUAGUGUGCGUGACUGUUGUAUCAAAAAGUGGUUACUUGUGUGGACAAUGGCAUCUAAUGGGUUUUGAAUAAACUAUGCUUGUUAAAUACUCUGUCAAUGUAGCAAGUUAGGAAGGGGGAAGGGUGGGUCCCUGCCGGGUCCCUUCCUACCACCCGGAACAUCCUCUCCAUGUAGCUGUUUUGAAUGGGACUGCAUGGAUAGUGCCACUCGCAAUGUGAGCUGUCUGCGUUACCUGUUGUGGCUUGGUUUCAGAUAGCGGGUCUUUGUCGAAAAGUAAACAGUGUACCCAUAUAAGUAAUGCUGGAAAAUUACUAAAAUACGCAGAGAGGUUUUCAUACAUGACAAAAAAACAAAUUAUAAUACUAGGAACUGUGUAUUAUUCCCUAUUCCCUACCUAAUACUAAUGUAUCAAAAAUAAAGAUUAAUACAUUUUAUUAAAACUAAACUAUCCAAACAUUAUACAACAAUCUCAUCAUAUAAGUUUCAGGUUACUCAGUUUGUCAUACUCAUAGUAUUAUAUCAUAAGGCGCCAUGUUUGUGUGUUAGUCUCCUUGAUGUUACAUUUACCAACCCAAUAGUAUAAAGUUCCAUGACAGAAGAACAUUUAUUGGGUUCAGUUGGACUAAUGGAUCUUUAUCCUUCCCACAUUAAUAUCAUGCUGGCAUUCUGAUUGGAGACUGACUCCUGCACCCAUGGCCAGAGAGCGGUCUGUAGAGUCAGAGGUGCAGAGACUGAUUUUUGCACCCAUGGAUUGGGAGGGGGGUGGGGGGUUCUGCAGAGUCAGAGGUACAGAGGCUGACUCCUGCACCUAUGGCUGGAGGGGGAUCUGCAGUCAGAGGUUUGGAGACUGAAUCCUGCACCCAUGGCUGGAGGGGAGUCUGCAGAGUCAAAAGUUUGGAGACUGACUCCUGCACCCAUGGCUGGAGGGGAGUCUGCAGAGUC